UUGUCAGUUGCAGUACUAAAAACAGCAGCUGAUUUACAGUUCCUUAUAUUUUAUCCUGAUUACACCAAAUUCACACUGGAAAAUGUUUAGUCAGAUUUGGCAACAAAAAGAUAUUUUACUCCAAGGGCAAUUUGAUAAACCAUGGAGGUCAGUGGACUGGAGUGAUGGUGAGAAGCAAACCCUGUUGAGAAAACUACAUGAUUUCGAGACUGGAAACCCAGAAGUCAGCAGUCUCAGAAUUCUUUUGCAUGGACCAGUCGGUGCUGGGAAAUCAAGUUUCAUCAAUUCUGUGGAUAGUUCUCUGCGUGGGCGCACUACUACCAGAGCCCUUGCAGACUCAGCAGUUGGAACAAGUUUUACUCUGGCGUACAAAGAGUACAAACUGAAGAAGGAAAGGACUGGCUCUUUCUUUCCUUUUAUGUUUGCUGACCUCAGGGGUUUUGAAGAGGAUUGUGGACUUGGAAUAAAGACAACUGAUGUCAUUAAAACUUUAAAUGGUCGCGUCAAGAAUGGUUACGUCUUUAACCCUAAUACACACAUCACUAAAGAUGACACCCUGUACAACAAGGACCCCAGUCUGAGUGACAAGGUUCAUUGUCUGGUGGGUAUUUUCCCCACUGACAAAAUAUCUCUAAUAGGAGAGAAUACCAUAAGAAAAAUGAGAGAAAUUCGGGAGGAUGCACAAAAAUUGGGCAUUCCUCAAGUCAUAAUCAUGACCAAGGUGGAUGCAGCAUGUCCACUGGUUAAAGAAGAUCUUCAGAAUAUCUACAAAAGCAAGACAAUUAAAGAGAAGAUGGAGCUGUGCUCUGUCAAACUUGGCAUUCCUGUGAAUUGCAUCUACCCUGUAAAGAACUAUCAUGAGGAGGACGCCACCAACACCAGUAUGGAUAUUCUGAUUUUAAAGGCAUUGCAACAUGUUGUUAACUUUGCCAAUGACUAUGUGGAGUACAUGGUAGUUGAUAAAUAAAUGGCCAGAUAAAUGUGUAACAUGCUGAUUUCUGAGAUACUGGCCACCUGCACAGUGUUUCCCUGCCUUUAGUCUGAUACUAUAUAGGAAAGGAGAAGGACAACAGAAGAGCAAGUGCAAUCAAAACCGAAAGUAACUGCUAUACAGUCACUUAGUUACAGUAAAAGAUAAAUAAGGUGUUUCUUAGAAACUGAGAGCAAAAUCAUCACACACUUUACGAAUGCAUGUAGGACUCCUGAUCUCUAAAAAGUAAUUGAAUAAAAAAAUAAAGCUAAAAAUAAAAACUUGGAUGUAAUGAUGUAAUAUAUGCAUGUUUCAAGGCUAAUAAAAUUAUAUUUUCAUUUACAAUAUAUAUAUAUUGUGUACAUGUACUGUUUUAUGUUUCAAAAUGCUUUUGAAUAACAGUGUGAAAAACACUAUGCUGUUGUAAAGUACAGUAGUUAGAGUAAUAACAGGAAGGAAAAAAAUAUAUGAACAAAUAUGACAACUAUUGCAAAGACCUUGUUUUAACAUUGCUACAAUUCUGUGAUUGAAGAUGUGCAGGAUUUUGUCCAUUCUUUGCUAAUUUAUAUUGUUGAUGUACUAUUAUGGCAGGGUGGGUUUAGAAAAUAAAAAAUAUAUUGAAACUGAAAGUGAAAAUAACCUUUAGCUAAAAACAAAACUGUUCUGCAUUAACUUUCUAAAUCAUAAUUCAUCUUUCAUUUUAUUCCUGUGAUCAGAAUGUAGCUGGUUCAGUUAUCAAUUUUAAGACUUUUAAAUAAUCUCAGAGAGUACUUAGUGGCACAAUCAAUAAAUCAAUAAUUUAUGUGUAGAUUUAUUUGACUUACAUAUCUCUGUUUGAAUAUGUAUAUUGUAUAUAUUGCAUGUGUAUGUAAAA